GUGGGCUGCUGCUCUUCGCUCCCCCCCUCAUUCCACAUGCAUGAUGAUACCAUAUCCCUCCAUCUCGCUGGCUUCUUGGGGUUUUUUUUUUCCUUUUUUUUUUCUCUUUUCCCAGAAAUUGUAUUUUGAAGACAACCAAAAGGAGAACGUGUUCUGGGUGUGGCUGCAUGUGAUUUACCCAAUAGCUAAAGUGGGGGGGCGCCGAAAGGGAAAAACAGAGCGUCUGCUGCUGAAGGGAGUGGAAGCUGAGGGCUGCAGGAUGAAGACUUCUGGAACCUGUAUACUGUUUUGUGUCUUAACACUCUUCUUGUCCCCAGCUGACUGGUUUCCAUGGAUGGUCAAUGGGCAAGAACCAGAAAGUGCAACUGAUGGAGUUACCCCUGACAGCUCUGGGGCAGCUGCCACAUCACCUGCACUUCUUCGUCCUGUUCAGUCUGACAGCGAAGCGACAACAGCUUCAUCAGACUGCCGUGAGGAAAAGUUCCCUUGCACGCGCCUGUACUCUGUUCACAAGCCAGUAAAGCAGUGUAUCAGCUACCUCUGUGUUACAAGCGUGCGUCGCAUGUAUGUAAUAAACAAGGAGGUGUGCACUCGCAUUAUCUGCAAGGAGAAUGAGGUCAUGCAAGAUGAGAUCUGUCGCCAGCUGGCUGGCCUUCCUCCUCGACGUCUCCGCCGGUCCGGGCAGCCCCUGCCUCUCCCUUGCAGGCAGCUCCUGGAGCAGCAGCGCAGGCCUGAUGCUCUGUGAGCUACCAACAGUAGGAGAGGAAAAGGAGGAGAGAGAAGAGAAGGCAUCAUCCACUACCUACAGUCCAAGACAGUGCUUCUUGCUUGGGAUUCCCCCAUUAUUUCCUUGCUUCUAUGCCUUCUUCUACAUCCUCUUCUUCAGGUGCUGCAGGGCACAGAGUAUCCUCUCUGCCAAUCUGUCAUGGUAGCUGUUGUCAUCUUUAUACUCUAUUACUGAUGAUAGGGGACUCUCCCCUAUUUUCUCUCACACUCUGCCUGGCAGGCUGUGAGCAGCUCAUUUCCCAGAGGUCCUUAUAAAUGUGCUGCACCUUCUGUUGUUUUGCCCCUGGAAAGAGCCAGAAAUGGGGACAGGAUGAAGUCCUCCCCAAUGGUUCAGAUGCCCUAAGCUACAUCUCAUCUCACCUUCAUGCCCUAGGACUCCUGCCCUAGAUUUCUUGCCUGGCAUCAGCAUGAACUCAGAUGUGGUUGGUCAGCCUGAGCCUCUCUGAUUCUCCUGAGCCACUGAGUUUGUUGUGUGAUAGCACAUUCCCCUCCUUGUGUCUGCUGGCCUCAGGGAAGUGACAGAACUGGGAGAUGAGCUGUCCUGAACCCAAGGCACCCCUCACUGGGUGGCAACAGAUCAUUUAUAACUACCUCUGGGAAGUUUUUGUCUCAAGCCCAUUGCCUCCCUCAAACACAUCUCCUACCAAAAGGAAAAAGUCUGGAUUUAGUAUGGCAUUAUAUUUUUCUCAAAAAGAUUA